CCAGCUAUUUUGAUCGUAGGAGGACAGCCUGCUGCCAUAACAAAAUCUCCUGUAUGAAUAAAGGUCGUUUUUGUACUGCAUUUUGAGUGCGAAAUAAAAAUCUAACAUCAUGAAAUCAAUGAGAGAAAUUAAUCUGGAAACAUACAGUUUGUCACUACUAACGGCUAAAGAAGACAUCCUGAACCCACGCUCUUCUACAAACUGGGCUUUGUUUGCUUACGACGGAAUGAUGAACAGGCUGAAACUGGCCGAUUCUGGAGUAGGUGGACUGAAUGAAUUGAUGACUAAACUGCACCCCAGGCGAUCACUAUAUGGGAUGUGUAGGGUUGGCACGAUUCAAUCCCACAUUGUGAUGAUAUUAUGGGUAGGAAAUGAGGUGGAUGAAUAUCGUAAAGCUGAGUGUGCCAGUCAUUUGCCGGCGAUAAGGGCUUUUUUCAGGGAAGUUCAGAUUUUUCUUCCUGCACACACUUUGGAUGAAAUAACAGAGGAGAGGAUCUGUACUCUUGCCUGUAAGGCUGUGACUGUGAUGCAGGGGCCGAGACAGAGACACAUCCUCCGACGAGAAGAAAGACAGGAGGCUGUGGGCACAAAUUACAAGCGAACAAUCGCAUCAGCAGAGAUCCUGAGAAUCCAGAGGGAUUCUUUCUGGGCACAAGCAGAGAGAGAGGAGGAAGAAAGGAAGAAGGAGGAACAGCGGAGGGCAGCAGAGGACAGGAGAAAGAGAGAGAAAGAGAGGUUGCUUCACGAGAGGAGACAAGCAGAAGAGCGAGAGAGGAAGAUGAUGGAAAGAGAACUGAGGAUAAAGGAGCAGAGGAGAAUACAGGCCCAGAUGGAAGCAGAGCAACACAGACAGGACAGAUUAAAAUGGGAGGACCAGGUAAGAGCGCGAGAAGAAGAGGAAAGAAGAGCAAGAUAUUCAAACUCUGAAUCAAAAGAAAAAGCUACUGAGGCAGCAGCUCUAGUGUCCCAGCGUACUUCUAACCCCAGAGAUUUUUUUAGACAACUGUCUUCUUCGAAUUCUCAACCCAGCUCACCGUACCCAGUCAGGAGUCCUCACAGAGGACUGCAUAGCAGUCCGACAGACAACGUUUUCAUUUUCAAUGAGCUUUCAUCUUCCACGCCUCCAUCUCCUUAUAGAUCGACAGUUGCAUCACCGUACCACCCACUGACUCCAACUUCCAAAAGCCCAACACUUGUGUUCACCAACAGUGCAACUUCUUUGUUGCACAGUCCAGCAAUGAUAUCUUCUAGCCAUUUAGAGCAGAAUCCCCCUCAAAACAGUGCAAUGAUAUCUUCUAGAAGUCAGAUCCAUCCAUCUUUACCUGAGCUCACUGAGUCUUUCUAUGAAGUCACCGUUGACCAUGCACCACCGCUCUCCAGUCUGAAGCUCCAAACCCAACCACCAGUUGUGACCAAUACAUUACAGUCUGAAAUAAACACACCCAUCAUGGCCAUAUUAGACAGUCUUGUGUUUUACCCACCACCACCAACCACAGACUUAGAUAAUGAGGGCUCAUAUGAAGCAAAAACAACAGCAGAACUUCCUUCACCUCCCUCUGGUUUUGAGUUUUUACCAAAACAUUCUGAGGUCCUUCCUGGGGCUUCAAUGCAAACCCAAUCUGAUUUCGAUCUGGAUUCUCAAAGUAUCUCAGAUGCCUCUGUCUGCACCCCAUGUGCUUUCAUGUCCUCUCCUCCUCAAUGUUCUCCAGUUUCAUUGGUCCCAACAUGUCUCCCAGUACUUCAGCCCCCAUCUAGACCACUUCCUGAUCUGCCUGUUACUCCACAAACAGUGAAGGACUUGAACCUAAAGAGAGACUUCACUGCCCUGUCCUCCAUUAUAUCUACAGUUGAGGAGGAAGAGUUGGAGGAAGAGGAUGGAGAGAUGAAUCAGAAGGAAUGCAUUCAGGAGGAACAAGAAACUGAGAUUAAAGAUGAGAAGGACACAGUGGUUGAAGAAAGGGAUGGAGUGAGAGGGUAUGAGGAAGAAGGUGGAGAAGAAAGAGUUGAAAUGAGAAAUGAAAGCGAGGAGAUUAAUGCAGGACAGGAGGAACCAGAUGGGAAGAUGAUGGAAAAUAAUGACUGUGAAAAAGAACACAAAAAGAAAAUUGUGGAAGAGAUUAAGAGUGAAAAUAUACAAGAUGAAAUAAACUUUGAGAAAGAAAAAAUACAACAUGGGGAAAAUAUGAAAGAAUGUGAAAAGGAACAAAAUGAGAAAGUGAUGGAGGAAGACAAGAACGAAAAAUCUCAAAAUGAGAAAAUUGCUGAGGAAUCUGAGAGUGAAAAAUAUCAAGAUGGGAAAAUUGUGGAGGAAUGUAAGAGGGAAAAAUUUGAAGAUGACAAAAUUGUGAACAAAUCUGAGAGUGAAAAAUAUCAAGAUGACAAAAUUUUGGAGGGAUCUCAGAGCGAAAAAUAUCAAGAUUGGAAAAUUGUGGAGGAAUGUAAGAAAGAAAAAUUUGAAGAUGACAAAAUUGUGAACAAAUCUGAGAGUGAAAAAUAUCAAGAUGACAAAAUUUUGGAGGGAUCUCAGAGCGAAAAACUUCAAGAUGGGAAAAUUGUGGAGGAAUGUAAGGGGGAAAAUUUUCAAGAUUACAAAAUGAUUGACAAAUCUGAGAGUGAAAAAUUUAAAUAUGAGAAAACUGUGGAGGAAUCUGAGAGUGAAAAAUAUCAAGAUGGGAAAAUUUUUGAGGAAUGUAAGAGGGAAAAUGUUCAAGAUGACAACAUUUUGGAAGGAUCUCAGAGCGGAAAACUUCAAGAUGGGAAAAUUGUGGAGGAAUGUAAGAAGGAAAAAUUUGAAGAUGACAAAAUUGCGGACAAAUCUGAGGGUGAAAAAUAUCAAGAUGACAAAAUUUUGGAGGAAUCUCAGAGCGAAAAAUUUCAAGAUGGGAAAAGUAUGGAGGAAUGUAACAGGGAAAAUGUUCAAGAUGACAACAUUUUGGAGGGAUCUCAGAGUGAAAAACUUCAAGAUGGGAAAACUGUGGAGGAAUCUGAAAGUGAAAAAUAUCAAGAUGGGAACAUUUUGGAGGAAUAUCAGAGCGAAAAACUUCAAGAUGGGAAAAUUGUGGAUAAAUGUAAGAGGGAAAAAUUUCAAGAUGACACAAUUUUGAAGGGAUCUCAGAGCGAAAAACUUCAAGAUGGGAAAACUGUGGAGGAAUCUGAAAGUGAAAAAUAUCAAGAUGACAACAUUUUGGAGGAAUGUAAGAAAGAAAAAUUUGAAGAUAACAAAACUGGGGACAAACCUGAGAGUGAAAACUAUAAAGAGGACAACCUUUUGGAGGAAUCUCAGAGCGAAACACUUCAAGAUGCAAAAAUUGUGGAGGAAUGUAAGAGCGAACAUCAUCAAGAUGGGAAAAUUGUGGACAAAUCUGAAAGUGAAAAAUUUCAAGAUGAGAAAAUUGUUGAGGAUUCUGAGAGUGAAAAAUAUCAAGAUGGGAAAAUUGUGGAGGAAUGUAAGAGGGAAAAAUUUGAAGAUGACAAAAUUGUGAACAAAUCUGAGAGUGAAAAAUAUCAAGAUGACAAAAUUUUGGAGGGAUCUCAGAGCGAAAAAUAUCAAGAUUGGAAAAUUGUGGAGGAAUAUAAGAAGGAAAAAUUUGAAGAUGACAAAAUUGUGGACAAAUCUGAGAGUGAAAAAUAUCAAGAUGACAAAAUUUUGGAGGAAUCUCAGGCCGAAAAACUUCAAGAUGGGAAAAUUGUGGAGGAAUGUAAGGGGGAAAUUUUUCAAGAUUACAAAAUGAUUGAAAAAUCCGAGAGUGAAAAAUUUAAAGAUGAGAAAACUGUGGAGGAAUCUGAAAAAUAUCAAGAUGGGAACAUUUUGGAGGAAUAUCAGAGGGAAAAACUUCAAGAUGGGAAAAUUGUGGAUAAAUGUAAGAGGGAAAAAUUUCAAGAUGACACAAUUUUGGAGGGAUCUCAGAGGGAAAAACUUCAAGAUGGGAAAAAUGUGGAGGAAUCUGAAAGUGAAAAAUAUCAAGAUGGGAACAUUUUGGAGGAAUAUCAGAGGGAAAAACUUCAAGAUGGGAAAAUUGUGGAUAAAUGUAAGAGGGAAAAAUUUCAAGAUGACACAAUUUUGGAGGGAUCUCAGAGCGAAAAACUUCAAGAUGGGAAAACUGUGGAUAAAUGUAAGAGGGAAAAAUUUCAAGAUGACACAAUUUUGAAGGGAUCUCAGAGCGAAAAACUUCAAGAUGGGAAAACUGUGGAGGAAUCUGAAAGUGAAAAAUAUCAAGAUGACAACAUUUUGGAGGAAUGUAAGAAAGAAAAAUUUGAAGAUAACAAAACUGGGGACAAAUCUGAGAGUGAAAACUAUAAAGAGGACAACCUUUUGGAGGAAUCUCAGAGCGAAACACUUCAAGAUGCGAAAAUUGUGGAGGAAUGUAAGAGCGAACAUCAUCAAGAUGGGAAAAUUGUGGACAAAUCUGAAAGUGAAAAAUUUCAAGAUGAGAAAAUUAUUGAAGAAUCAAAGAGUGAAAACUAUCAAGAUGAGAAAAUUGUGGAGGAAUCUAAGAGUGAAAAACUUCAAGAUGAGAAAAUUGUGGAGGAAGAUAACACUGAAAAAGAACAAGAUGAAGAAAUGAUUGAAACCUGUGCCUGUAAUGAGGACCAAAAAGAUAAGGAAUAUUAUCAGGAUGAAUAUGAACAGUCUCUGAUAAACCAGGAGAGUGGAGAUAAGUCAAAUGUGGACUUCAAUAGAGCAAUGAAUUUGACUGGGUUAAAAGUAGAGUCUGAUACAGAGAUUAUGAUGAAUUAUGAUGCAACAGAUGAACAGGGAGUAGAGAAGCUCAACAAUGUUAAAUUAAAUAAGAAUGAAGAAAGAAAUACAGCAUUCAUGACGAAAGAUGAAGCACCGGAGACUGAGUAUCACCCUACUGUAGACAAACACAAUAAUCGUGAAUCUUGCACUGAAACACAUUUCUCCCUGCAUACACCAAUCUUCCCAGAAUCAUCUACUACAGGGAUUGGUCAAUACAGUCACAGAUUUCUUCCUGAAAGUAUAUCAAAUAAUGAAAAUGAGCCACGGAUCAGUACCACAGAUCUACAAACUCCUUCCAGCUGGAGCCAUCAGAAAGACCCCCAAACUCUCACAAACGACUCUUUUACAGCUACAUCAUUACAGAACCGCUCAGGCUCUGAGCAGAACCAUAUCACUUUAUCUGAACCAACUUCAGAACAGAGCUGUAACACAGAGCACAAAACAUCACCCAUACCCCAGAGUCAAGCCAGUACUGGACAGUCUGAUAGGAAGGAGGGGCUUGAAACUGUCAAUCAUUUAAUCAAAGCAGACUUGGAUUUAAGUAGAUGUAUCAGUGAUCAAUCACAACAGGAUCUGACCAAUGAGAACACUAAUGAUGAUAAUGAUGAUGAAGAGGAGGAGGCUGCGACGGUCACAGCAAGUGAUGAGGGCCAGGACUCCAUAUGUGAUUCUGCCCCUGAAUGUCUGAACGAAGCUCAACGUGAAAUUUCGCCGAACUCCAUUGACAUCUGGAAACUUCAGAAAACAGACGAGCCAUUAACCGGUCCGAGGGGAAAUGAGGAACUUUCGCGGAAAAUUGGAGAUAUUUCAACUUUAAUGUCCAGUGAAAUCGAUGUUGCCAUGGAAACUGAUCAUCACUCAUAGUUCAGAGACUGAACAUCAUUUAUUUGCAUUUAUUACUAUUUGUGCAAAAAUAAACAGUAUACCGGUAUGUAAGUACAGACACGCACACAAAACAUCCAAAAUGUUCUGCUUUACUCUAUGCAUGUGGUAUGGUUGUACAUUGGAUAUACAAUGGGGUCAAAAAAGAAACUCAGAUUUUUUAAUUUUCUAUUUAAGACAGAAAUAAACCAAGUUUAAUAUCUGUGAACAUCUACUCUAAAAAUGGCUAGGUUAGUUUUUUAUUAAACCAUAAUGGGUAAAUAUUGGACAGAACAUGUGCUAGGUUCAAAAAAUACCUAAUGUUGGGUUGUUGUUAUGCUACCAAGGGUUAUAAUAACAACUCAGCAGUUGGGUUAAAUAAACCCAGCACUGGGUCAUUUUUUUACCCAGGGGUUUGUGUUCUGUCCAAUAUUUAUCCAACUUUUUAGAGUGUGUUGAUUCCAGUUAAAAUAUUGCAAAAUGAGACUUUGCAAAAUGCCAAGAAAUUAAAUCAUAUUUACAUUGAAUUUCAUUAGAAAAGAAUGCAAAAUAUCAGCAUUUUCACCAGUUUUGUAUUUUCUUGUAGUUAAGUUGCACUCUAAAUAAUGCUGGGUUACUUUCAACCCAGCACUGGGUUAAAAAGAGACGAGUCCAGCCCAUUGGGUUGUAUGAUUGGUUGUUUCAAUGCUGCGUUCAAUUUAACCCAACGUCUGGGUUCGUCCCUUUUUGACCCAAUGCAGGGUUUAAAUUAAAGGGACACUCCACUUUAAAAAAAUAUGCUUAUUUUUUAGCUCCCCUAGAGUCAAACAUUAGAUUUUUACCGUUUUGGAAUCCAUUUCUGCCGAUCUCCGGGUCUGGCGCUACCACUUUUAGCAUAGCUUAGCAUAAUUCAUUGAAUCUAAUUAAACCAUUAGCAUCACACCUAAAAAAGAAUCAAAGAGUUUGGAUAUUUUUCCUAUUUAAAACUUGACUCUUCUGUAGUUACAUCGUGUACUAAGACCGACAGAAAAUUAAAAGUUGUGAUUUUCUAGGCCAAUAUGGCUAGGAACUAUACUCUCAUUCUGGCGUAAUAAUCAAGGACUUUGCUGCCGUAACAUGACUGCAGGAGGCGCAAUGAAUAUUGCGAUGUGCCAUUAUGUGUGCAUAUAAUGUGAAUGUGAUUGCUCUGAAAUUGAAUUGAAGAUUUAAAGUGUAUACACAUAAUUAAAUCUUUUUCACAUCUCUUAAGCAGAUAUUCCUGUGGUGAAUUAUUAAUUAUUCAAAUAAACAACUAAAGUACCCUAAUGUUGAUGCAGAUGUUUAAUAUAACUUUGCUAUUUUUAUAAGAUACAGUACAUAAAGAAGAUGUUGGCGCCUGUGUUAUCUUUAAAAGAAAUAUCUUAAAAUCUUCUGUUUAUCUAAAAAUGGUGAUCAUGUGAGACUUUCAUGGGAUGUUUAAAAUUCACUGACGUCAUUCUAGACAACCAUCAUAGUUAUUUGAACAAUGUGUGUCGAUUCUAGUGAUAUCUACGGUACAUUUGCAGGGUAUUAUUUAAGGCAUGUGAUCAGAACUGGUAAAAAUGCUAAUGUUUUGCAUUUUUUAAUGUUAAGUAAAGUUUUUAGGCUAUUUAUAUGAUCAGUUAUAUUAUCUGAGUACAAUACGAUAUGCCCUCCUGAGCCCAUAAGUGAGUUAACGUAAAUGUCAAAUUUGCUUAUUUUAAUUAAGAAAUUGUAAAAUACAUCAUAAUGUUUAAUUUUUUUUCUACUUAAUUUUUUGUUUUAGAUCUACUUCAAACUUUUUCAAAGCCUACAUUACUAUUUGUUUUUGCAUACAGUAUAUGUGUGGUUUACUAAAGCAAGCGUGUACAAAAGCAAGUAAAGAAUCAGAUCUGUUGACAAAUGAGUGCAGAAAUUUCGGCACGGAUGUCAAAAAUGUGGAUAGGUUUGAAAAAAUGAUACUGCAAGGAAAUACUGUAAGGAAAUGAGAAGGGUUUACUGCUUAUCAUUUCAUCUAUUAUCUAUAGCUGAUCAUCAGGAUGAACAGGAUCUACUCAAAACAGUUUCCUCAAAACAAGUCUCAAGGGGAAUUUAUUGCAUUUUCUUUUAAGUCACAUCUAAAGACUCAUUUAUUCUGUAAUAACAACAACAAUUAUGCACAAUAAAAGAUGAGUUGCAUUGUAUAAUCAUUUGUUUGUUUAACCAAAACAAUAUUUGAACACUUAGGCCAAACUCAAACAAUUAUGACAAACUGUGACACAAAAAUGUGACCUUCACAUUUCUUUAACUAAUAUUUAUGUCAGAUUUUUUUAAAGAUGUUUUAAGAUGUAUGAUGUUAUUGUUUCAAAAAAAUAACCACAUGUGUAAUUUAUCACACUAUAGUACUCAAGUUUGACAACCACAUUCUCCAAAUACACUUUUAGAAAUAAAGGUCCAAAAGCUAUCCCUGAAGCAGGACCCUGUUCAAAAAGUACAUUUUUGUACUUAAAGAGAUCAUAUUCGUACCUCAAAGGUAUCCUUUUUUUGUACCAUGCACAUAUUAGGACCAUUUCAAAGGGUACUGUCCCAGUGUCAGCUUUUGUAUCUUCAUAUUUCUGAGAGUCUGCUUUGUAUAACAACAUAUUUAUUUUACUUAUGUUUUGCAUGAAUGCUUGUGUGAUUGUACUGUAAAAUGCAUCUCACUUGGGUUUAUAUUUAAAAUACAAUGGCAUUUCUUCAUGUUUUUAUGUGAAUUAUUCGAAUACUCUUCUGUCCUGAUGUGUUUCGAUAAGAUAUAAAAACAGGUUUUUCCAGACAAGAAUAUGUUUCUGUUAUUGCUCUGAACUUACAUAUACGGUUGGAUACGGUUGGGCGGGUGUGGACAAACUCACAGCAAAAAACAGACACUUAACGUGGGGUUGACAGUUUGGAGUCGCCACUUAUGUUAAAAUACUUGUCACGAAUGCAAACACGGCCAGACGUGUCAACACUGUCGCACUCCGGGUCUCACCGAUCUGUCAACAGCUGUAAAUGAAAGACUUACGAGUGACUGAUUUGAGAUUUAUUCAAGCAUGUAUCUGGCGAUGUGGAGAGCUGCCGAGUGCUAAAUGUGGUGUGAUGUUGUAUCUUCUAUUAAAGUCGUGUUUGUUUCUAUUUGUAAAGUGACAUCAUUUGUUCUCAGGUUACAGUGAGGGAGGAGAUAGCCGAGCAGGUGUUGUUCCUCAAUCCAAUGAACAGAAUAUGAACACAUGACCCAUAAAAACUGCAUAAUAAGCUGUAAUUUACUGUAUAUCUGCCAUUUGUAAGUCCUAUCUGCCUUAUUAACAUUAA